GUUAUGUUUAAUCCUUUGAAUCGAGCCAGAUCACCAUAAUAUAAUGGGUAUCCCAAUCAAACAAAUCCAAAUCCCUAAUUUGGAGGCAAUUCUUAUCCAUUCAUGGGAUAAUAAUCACCAGUGAAUUAGCCUUUGGUAUAUUAAAAUUUAACCCAUAGACAUAGAGAUCUUUUCCUUAACAAUAAUAUCCUCAGAAUACUCCUCCAAAGGGCUACCCAUUGUAGCAAUCAUAGAGAAGCAAUCCCCCUUUCGCAUAACAACAAUAGUAUCCACCUAACUAGCCAUCAGUGUAAUCUAUAUAAGUACAAUAAAAAAUAAGAAUAAAAGCCUCCUCCUCAAUCGCAACCCCCUUAAUAAGCUCCUUAACAAAAUUAUGUAUAACCUCCAUAGCGAUCACAAUAACCAAUGCCACCACAAUCAAUAGAGUAAUAAAAAUUACCAUCACCUUAAAUAAACUUAUAAGCCUAGCCAUAGUAGUAUGCACCAUCUCAGAGUUCUGCUUUGGGGUUAUCUGGUUUAAGGUAGACAUAUACACCUCCUACUUUUGUUCCUCUUUAACCAGUGAUGACUGUAAGAAUUAGGAUUGAUUUAGACUGUAAUUUAACGACCAAUCGAAUUUGUGGAUUUGGAGAAAUUUGAGGAGCUGUGGGAUAAGAGAAUGAAGGAAUUGGAAGAUAGAAUUCGUUAAUCUUAACCUUAAGUUGUAGAAUUGAGGUCUUCAAAUGAUGAGGACAAGGAUGCUUUGAUAAAACAAUUGCAGGACGAGUUGUACAAGGUGAGAUGUGACAACGAGGAGAAGGAUAAUAAAAUUUCUGAUCUAAAAAUAGAGUUAUAAACAAACAUCGAUCUUGUGGAAUAUUUGAGAUGUAUAAUAAUAAUAAAUGAUAAUCAUAGAGUAAUUGGUUAAUAGCAAUAACAGUGAUGAAGUUGAAAAGCUAUAGAAUGAGAUUCAAAGAUUGAGAAAGCAGGUCUAGACUCUGGAUUCUCAGGUCAGCUAGUUGAAUCAUAAUAAUGCUGAUUUGAAGUAGGAAUUGGAGGCUUUGAGACAGUAAAAAUAAUUUUUCAAAUCACAAUGCGAUGAUAAAGAUGAACACAUUUAGAAUCUUGAAAGGGAAAUCGAGGAACUUCGUUAACAAGUCGAAACAUUGACUGAAGAAGUUACAACUAGUCAAUCUGUAAAGACUUAUGAGGAGGAGGCUAAGAUAUGGAGAACUAAAUUUAAGGAGUUGAAUGAUACAUACCAUGCUUGUUAAGAGAAAUUGAUUUUGACUGAAGCAGAAUUGGAUUUGUUGAAGAGACCUUAAAGUUAGUAGAAGAUCGUGACUACAUCGACUACAGUAGUAAAGAACAAUGUGUAAACAAGUGGAACAAAAUCAGUAAGAAUCUUUAGAAAUUAUAUUAGGACUCUGAUUAUCUUUCAAGUAGCCUAACUUAAUAAGAUGUUGAAAGAAUUCAAAAUUUAUCAAAGAAUAUUCCAUAGAUUUGAUUAUUGGAAAACAAGUUAUUAUAUUAAAGUAC